AUGAUUGAAUAUCUCAGAAGCGCGUUUAAUUCGAAAUUGUUUUUGGUCACCACUGUUUUGUUGUUAAUUUAUAUAUAUUUAAAAAAAUUUGUGUAUUCUUAUUGGAGUAAGCAUCAAGUGCCCCAUGAAGACCCCACAGUGAUAAUUGGAACAGUUGACAAACAAUUGUUAAUGCAGAAAAUCACCAUAGGUACUCUUUGCAAAAAUAGUUAUGAAAAAUUCAAAAAUCAUCCAUUUCAUGGAAUGUACAUGUUUUUUUCACCAACAUUGAUGGUGAACGAUCCCGAUCUCAUCAAAGACAUCCUAAUUAAGGAUUUUUCACACUUUGUCGAUCGUGGAUUGUGUGUUAAUGAAGACAUUGAUCCAUUAUGUGCUAACAUGUUUCAAACAAGUGGUGAAAAAUGGAAAACAAUAAGAACAAAAUGUAGUGUUUUUUUUACAUCUAGCAGACUUAAAAAUGUUCUUCCUAUCUUAUCGGAUAUUGCUGAUGAAGCAAUCGCUGUUUCGAAAGAUAAUUUAUUAGAAUCCGAUAUUUUCGAAAUGAAAGAAUUCCUAGAGAGGUAA